AUGAUGGUCACUGAUAACAUACUUGCCAUGGCUCGCCCAUCCACCGAGCUCAUUGAAAAGUACCACAUCAUCGAGCAGUUCCAAAGCUGUGGCAUAAAAACAGUAAUUAACCUUCAGCGUCCUGGUGAGCAUGCUAGCUGUGGGAACCCUCUGGAACAAGAAAGUGGUUUCACUUACCUUCCUGAAGCUUUCAUGGAGGCCGGCAGUAAGUUCCUUCCCAGUGCUCCUCUUCAUGAAUUAUCAAGGACAGCACUUAGAGACUCCUUUCUGCUCUGUGUUUUAAUAGCGUGUUACUUAGUUUUUGCAACAAGAAUGACUGCUGACCAAGCAAUUCUAUUUGUUCGGGCAAAGCGACCCAAUUCCAUACAAACUAGAGGACAGCUACUAUGUGUAAGAGAAUUUACACAGUUUCUGAUUCCUCUUCGCAAUAUAUUUUCUUGCUGUGAUCCCAAAGCACAUGCUGUCACCUUAGCUCAAUAUCUGAUCCGCCAGCGUCAUCUGCUUCAUGGUUAUGAAGCACGACUUCUGAAACAUGUGCCAAAAAUUAUUCACCUAGUUUGCAAAUUGCUGCUGGACUUAGCUGAGAACAGGCCGGUGGUGAAGGAGGAAGUGUUAGAAGUACCAGACCUCUCUGCUGAAAUUGAAAAGACAGUUUCUGAGAUGGUCACAGUGCAACUGGAUAAAGAGUUAAUGAGGCAUGACAGUGAUACAUCAGAUGCUUUCACCCCCACAGCAGCAUCGGCAGCUUUUGAGAAUCAGGAUGUCCUUCUUUCCACUGAGCAAGAACUUGAUCCCCUUUGGAAGAGGAGGAAUGUUGAAUGCCUUCAACCACUGACUCGUUUGAAAAGGCGGCUCAGCUACAGUGACUCAGAUUUAAAGCGGGCUGAGUUACUUUUGGAGCAAGGUGUGACUCCAUGGACAGUGCCUGCCCAAGUCUUGCUUUGCCAUAACCUCAAGCAACAGAAAAUCAUAAGCCAUUGUUACAUUCCACAGUCUCCACAGCUAGAUUUAAAUAAAGAAACGCUGGUACACAAUACAUUUUCUUUCUGGAAUCAGGCUAAGUUUGGAGGUUUGGAAGGACUCAAAGAUGAUGAAUUACCACUUUUCCAGAGGAGGGAUAUUUCAAAGGAAAUACAGCGGAGUAGAACCUUUUCUUCAGGUGUCUCAGGUUUAUACAACCCUGGAGAACCAGUUACACCCAACUUUGUAAAUGUCCAUAAGGAACCAAACCAUUCUCACCAACAGGUGGACCACUGUCAGUGCAAAAGUCAUUGCAGUUGGGGCCAGGAGUCCAUCCUGGCAGGUGGUGGAACUUGCUGCCCCCCUCCAGACUGUGACUCUACUCCUAAAGUGAAAUUCCGCAUUGGACAUGAAAACAAAGAGAGCGAAAAUCUGGCUGAAGUAGCUCCACAGGUUGCCUUGCAAACUGAAUUGAGUGUUGAAGCAAGGAGAAUACUGGCAGCCAAAGCCCUGGCAAAUUUAAAUGAGUUUGUAGAAAAGGAAGAACUGAAAAGGAAGGUAGAAAUGUGGCAGAAAGAACUAAAUUCCCGAGAUGGAGCUUGGGAAAAAAUAUGUGGUGAACGGGAUCCUUUCAUCCUAUGCAGUUUGAUGUGGUCUUGGGUGGAACAACUGAAGGAACCUGUAAUAACCAAAGAGGACGUGGACAUGUUGGUUGACAGGAACGCAGAUGCCGCUGAAGCGCUGUUUUUAUUAGAGAAGGGACAGCACCAGACGAUUCUUUGUGUUUUACAUUGCAUAGUGAAUCUGCAGACAAUUCCUGUGGAUGUGGAGGAAGCUUUCUUGGCCCAUGCCAUUAAAGCUUUCACUAAGGUUAAUUUCGAUUCUGAAAACGGACCAGUAGUUUACAACACCCUAAAGAAAAUAUUUAAACACGCACUGGAAGAGAAAAGAAAAAUGACAAAAGAUGGCCCAAAGCCUGAUGUUUAG